UGUUCCAGACCGACAGGCAGCGGAGAGAACGGAGCGGAGACAAACAAACUGCGACGAACAAAACAAACAAAACCGAUUAAAAAACAAACAAACAAAGAAAAAGAAGACAAGAUGGUGGCCAAACAGAGGAUCCGCAUGGCGAACGAGAAGCACAGCAAGAACAUCACCCAGAGAGGAAACGUGGCCAAAUCUACGAGGAACCUGACGGAUGAUAAAGGAGUCGGACCGUGGCUGCUGGCGCUCUUCGUCUUCGUCGUCUGUGGAUCAGCCAUCUUCCAGAUCAUCCAGAGCAUCAGGAUGGGCAUGUAGAGUGACAUCACCAGCAGGGGGCGGGGCCACAACAAAAACGCAGACACCAGAGGAUCUGAGAACGCUGACGUCAGCAGCCUGUCAUGUUCCCGCCCCGAAAUGACACAACGAAACAUUCCUGAACUUCUAAAUGCCGUCGCACAAAUGACCAAACAAGCCCCGCCCACACACUAGCCCCGCCCCCAGACAGCAGCCUGUACUCCAGCUAUCUGUGUUGAUUUAACAUGUUGCUGCCCGCUGACCUUCUCAUAGGGCUCUCUGUCCGUAAACAAGCCUCGUCUCAUUCCACCCUGUGCCUUUCUGUGUUUACCUGAGCUUUAGCCCCGCCCCCACCGAGUACACCUUAUCAGUGCAGCGGGAGCAGGGUGGGGGGGUCACAGUCCAACCUGCUCCCGUCAGCUGUUCCAGUGUUCAGACCAAACUAAUGCUGUCCGUCCUCACCUGAGGACACCUGACAGAAGUGAGAUGAAGGUCUUUUGAAUCAGAAGGUUUGGAGGAGCCGACAGGUGUGUCUGCACCGUGUGCAGCGUCACCUGGACAGUCCUGUUUGCUGAAUAAAGUUUCAUUUUGAAUAUGGA